AUGCCAAGACUGCCUCCGCGAUUUUCCCCCGACCUCCGCCGCAAAAAAAGCUUCAACCCUCACAACAUCCCCCCACCAACUAUCACAAUGGGCUCUGCCGCUUCUAAGCCCGCAAAGUCAGCUGCUGGUGCAGCCGCUCGUCAGUAUCCCAAGCAGGCAGCACCCCCGCCCCGAGUCUCGCGCAAAGCUCCCAAAGAAGCCUCAACGCCUCCGCCGGCACCCAAGCCCAAAGCCAGCCCACCUCCUCGAGCCCCCGCUCCUGCUCCUCCAUCACAAGGCCCUACAUCCCAAGGUCCUACAUAUCAUUCCAAGGAAAAAGCGUCAAGUGUGAAAUCCGAUGCCAUUGACAUGGACGGUCGAGACCCCGACUUCGCCGCCUCCCUCCGCUCCAUCGGCCCCGUUGACCCAUCCCCCACCUUCUCCAACUCAAGCACCUACAAGGGCCCCGCGCAGUCCAUCUUCCCCCAGUCCUCCAACCCGGCCCUGCUCGUCGUCACAGCCCGCCAGCGCCUCAACAAAGCCGCCGAAGAAGAGGCCGAGCAUUUCGGUCGCGCAGGCCAUCCUGGUCGAUCGUUCCUCGAUGCUCUGACCAUUCAACAGGUCUUGACUAUGCGCGAUAAGCAGAAACAACAACCUCGCGACAUCGAGCGCUUUUUGGGGCUUAGGAAGGGGAUACUGGAUCGGUUGGGGAAGGAUGACAUUGUCUCGCGCAUUGCUUGA